AUGACCAACACCCUGAACCAACACUAUGAGGAGAAAGUGCGUCCCUGCAUUGACCUGAUAGACUCUCUCCGCUCUCUGGGAGUGGAGCAGGACCUGGCUCUGCCCGCUAUCGCCGUCAUCGGAGACCAAAGCUCGGGGAAGAGCUCGGUGCUGGAGGCGCUCUCUGGAGUCGCGCUGCCCAGAGGAAACGGAAUCGUGACGAGAUGUCCUUUAGAGCUUAAGAUGAAGAGAACGAAAGCAGGUCAGAAAUGGAGCGGGAAAAUUAAAUACAGGGACUACAGUGAAGAUCUGGGGAAACCUGCAGAAGUGGACGAGAAAAUUAGAAAAGAACAUGUGCUGAAUGUGUCCACAGCUCAGGAGGUGUUGGCGGGUAAGGGCUGCGGAAUCAGCCACGAACUGAUUAGUUUGGCGAUAGCCUCCCCUGAUAUUCCAGACCUGACACUGAUCGACCUGCCUGGAAUCGCCCGAGUGGCUGUCAAAGGCCAACCUGAAAAUAUUGGAGAACAGAUCAAAACAUUAAUACGGACGUUUAUCGCAAAACAAGAGACGAUCAAUCUGGUGGUGGUUCCUUGUAACGUGGAUAUUGCCACAACAGAAGCCUUGCAGAUGGCCCAGGAAGAAGAUCCAGAGAAAAAACGUACUUUAGGUGUUUUGACUAAACCAGAUCUAGUGGACAAAGGGGCAGAGAAGACGGUUAUUGAAAUUGUGCAAAACAAGGUCAUCGUCCUGAAGAAGGGCUACAUGGUCGUCAAAUGCAGAGGUCAAAAGGAUAUUUUAGACGAUAUGUCUUUAAACAAAGCACUGAAGAAUGAACAGGCCUUCUUCAGAAACCACCAGGUCUUUAGUGCCCUUUAUGAUGACAACAAUGCAGGUGUUCCAUUACUUGCCCGGAAACUUACCCUGGAGCUGGUGGAGCACAUUAAUAUGAACCCUAACCCUAACCCUAACCCUAACCCUUUUUAUAACCUACUCACGUAUUGA